AGUAGUAUGGUGGGUUGCAAAUAAAGGAACACAUAAUCCAUCACUUUGUUUGGGUUCGGUUUCACACUAUUCUGGUUUUCUUGGUUUGGUUGGAUUCUCCAUGUCCAAAAUGCUGGCACUCACAGUAUCCAUUAUCCUCAUCAUCACACUCUCUUCUUCGCCAUUAGUCACCUCUCACUACUCCUCUCCUUCUCUAGAAGCCUCGCCGACCUUCUCCGAAUGGCGAUCCGCGCGCGCCACCUACUACGCCCCGGCGGAUCCCCGCGACGUGGUGGGCGGCGCGUGCGGCUACGGCGACCUGGUCAAGGGCGGCUAUGGCAUGGCCACUGUGGGCCUCAGCGAGGCGCUGUUCGAGCGCGGCCAGAUCUGCGGCGCGUGCUUCGAACUCCGCUGCGUCGAGGACAUGCGCUGGUGCAUCCCUGGCACCUCCAUCAUCGUCACCGCCACCAACUUCUGUGCCCCCAACUACGGCUUCACCUCCGACGGCGGUGGACACUGCAACCCUCCCAACAAACACUUCGUUCUCCCCAUCGAAGCUUUUGAGAAGAUCGCCAUUUGGAAAGCCGGCAACAUGCCCGUGCAGUAUCGCAGGAUAAAGUGUAGGAAGGAAGGAGGGAUGCGAUUCACGGUUACUGGUUCUGGAAUCUUCAUCUCCGUGCUGAUCAGCAAUGUUGCUGGCCAUGGAGACGUAGUGGAGGUGAAGGUUAAAGGCUCGAGAACUGGUUGGCUUUCAAUGGGUCGGAAUUGGGGACAAAACUGGCAUGUAAAUGCGUUGCUGCAAAAUCAACCCCUUUCGUUUGAGGUUAAAGCUAGUGAUGGAAAAACGGUUACGUCUUACAAUGUUGCUCCCAAGGAUUGGACCUUUGGACAAACCUUCGAAGGCAAGCAAUUUGAGACUUGAAAGCUCAAUGAAUUGAAGAGACCAUUCUCCUUCCCCAAAGUUUUUACCCCGAUAGUUAUAAAAGGGUCUACUUGCCGGUGGUUUUCUUUUCUACAUUUUGAUUCUUUUUGGUUUUGUAGAAGACUGUGUAGAUAGCAAAUGAUUUGGUGAUUUGUAUGAAAAUGUUGUCAAUGUGAUGGUGUACCUUACCAUUUAUUAUGUUAGGAAGUUUUGUAUGAAAAUAUAUACUAUAUGUAUACCUUGUUGGUCAACCAGCACCAAAGAAGACUUGCAAUGUAAAUGUUGUGAGGCUCUCAUAAGACAUAUCAUCCUACUAACUUCACUUACAA